AUUACUGGUCUAAGGUCUCAGCCUAAUCAAUUCAUUUUUGGUCGAGUCACUUUUUGAGUUUUGGUUAUGAAUUGCGUGGAGUGACUGAACAGUAUUUUUAUUAUAGAAAUAUCUAUUAAGCAGUGUUGUUUCUAUUUAUUCUAUUAAAUUUAAUUUAUUAACUAAUUCAUCAUGAAUGUUGAUACUUCAAAUUUGAACCCAAAUGAUUGGAUGAAUGAGGAGCUAAGUACGGGAACUUCCAUUAUGGCUGUAGAAUUUGAUGGUGGGGUUGUCAUUGGAGCUGAUUCGAGAACUACAACCGGAUCUUACAUCGCCAAUCGUGUGACUGACAAACUGACAAAGAUCACCGACAAUAUCUACUGCUGUCGGUCCGGCUCGGCUGCUGACACCCAGGCCAUCGCCGAGAUUGUCGCCUAUCAUCUCGAAUUCUACACAACUGAAAUUGGCGAAGAGCCUCUGGUGGAGACGGCGGCGGCCAUCUUCCGAGAGAUGUGCUACACUUACAGAGGUCAGCUGAUGGCUGGGAUCAUCGUGGCCGGCUGGGACAGCGUCAAGGGAGGACAGGUGUACGACAUACCGCUGGGAGGUAUGAUAAUUCGUGAACGAGUCAGCAUGGGUGGGUCUGGCAGCUCCUAUGUGCUGGGAUAUAUUGACGCCAACUACAAACCCAACAUGGCCAAGGAAGACUGCAUCAAGCUUGUCAGCAAUACUCUAACGCUGGCUAUGAGCCGCGAUGGAUCCAGUGGAGGCAUUGUUCGGCUGGGAGUCAUAGAGGCUGGCAAACCAAUCGUCAGAACUACCAUCCCUGGCAACAAACUCGUCAGAUUCUAUAGUGGAGAAUAAGUAGCCUAUUUUUUGUAUCAACAUAAUUUCAAUCAAUAUUUUUUUUACUAAUCGUUCUUCAGCUUUGUUAUGGCGCUGAUGGUUUUCAAUUAUACAUUAAAAAUAGCUAAAUUCGAAAA